AUGCACCAGCUCAGCCGGGCCGGGAAGAACAAGCUAGGCAAAGCCAUAUGUCCGAUCGACUCAUCCCAGCCAUCAGUAACCUCGAUCGUUGCUCAAUCAGACAGCAUCGACCUACACCAUCGAACUCUAGCCUCAGUAGCCUCAAUCGUUGCUUGUUUGUCGUUGUCUUCGACUCAACCCUCAGUAACCUCGAUCAUUACUGGAUCUUUGCUCCGUCGGUCAACGUCACAUCCAUACUGUACUUGUCCAUCCAAGGUCAGCUUUGAUUCCCCUCCGCGAAGUUUCAUGGAAUGCUAUCUGAAGAGCCAAUGCGGCGCUGGCUCUCAUGCUGGUUACGGACACCAAAACUCUGCAAAUCCAGGCGGUUACGGGAUUGGCAAGCAAUAUGAAAGCGCAUCCGGAAGGCUGAAUCAAUCGGACCGAAACGAAGGAUAUUCAAAGACCUCCUCGAGGCCUAACGAAGAAAACUAUGGCAGUGCGACUCACCAGCAGAAUCCACAAUCAAGUGGUCAUUCUGGAGAUCAAACUGGGGCUUACUCACAUGAUGCUGAGCGAAAAGAUCGAGACAAAUACCCUCAUGGUCAUUCACAAUCUCGAGUCUCGUCGGCCAAUGUGGAGCAUGGACGCGACAGCUACCCCCGAGAUACUGAAAGUUUUGGCAUGUCGCACCAACCAACCCCGGAUCAAAAUUCAGGCAGCUACCAGAUGCCUUCUCAUUUAUAUGAGAGUACUAACCCGGUGACUCAUCUCAAAUGUCUUCAGUUACUCAAGAGUUUGAUCUGAGCCUUGGGUUGUCUUUGAAAAGUUCACAACCGAAAAAACAAAAGCCUAAAGUUUCU